UGCUGCCACCAUCUAGCGCUUGUAACGUUUCAAAGCUUUAACUUUGUGUCGACAUCAACACCAAGUUCGUGCGUAUUAGACGGCGUGCACUUCCUGCUCCACGCACCGCGCGCUAUGACAUCAACGGAUGCGAGUGCGGCUUACGGGGCAGCUUUUAGGUGCCUUGUUUAUUUUAUUUGGGCUCAAAUUAGCCGAGGGCCGGAGAAGAUCGGAUUAGCUUCGUAGGCGACCAUUCAGCCAGGUGCUCCCGUGUCAGGAUGUCACUGUUUAAACACGCCUCUUAGCCUAGCGCGCUUUAAAACAAUAAUUAUUUAAUCACAUUAACAUCUCCAGUCACUACACUGACAUCAUCUUUUCGGCGGCGGUUCAAAUCAAGCCGUCUUUCAAUUAGCUUUAACUUUCCACAGAUAAGAGACUAAAACCAGGCAGUUAAAAGGUGAAAAAGAUGGAGAAGUACAUCUCCAGCCAAGAGAUCAAGCGCAGGAGUGACAACGUGUGCCAAGCUGCACGUAAGCUUAUUAAAAGAAAGGCCUGGCUCUUUUUACACAGACCCCCUUUGUAGAGGAAUAUACUGUACUGACAGCAGUACCAAACCAGCAUAAAGCCUUGAUGUAUUUGGCAGACAAUGUUUUCAUAAAUAACAUAACAUGAUUUAUUAACUGUCAAGUGAAGACAUCCUAAAAUGAAAACUUUUAAUGAGCUUAAUGACAAAUGAGGGGCGAAAUGAAAAUUGUAAAAAUUUUUUUUUUUUGCAUAAAUCGUUUAAAAACAUUAAAAAAUAAUAAUAAUUAUAAUUAUAUUACAAAAGAAAACAAAGAUUAGGAAGAAUUGAGUGGAAAAACAUCAGCAAAAGAGGUAAAAUAUGUUAAACGUAAAAACAAAAUGCACUGUUAAAUAAUUUACAAUAUAAAUAGAACAUAGAAAAGUACAGUAUCAAAAAAUACAAAAUGUGAAAAAUACAAUAUUAUUUAAUAAUUGGGAAAAAAAGUUACAAAAUACAAAAAAUCAGCGCAUGUCACUUUUCAAGCUCAGGAAGUAAGAAAAAAAUGUACUUGUCAAAAGAGUAAGGGAUGAGUACAACAAUUAAAAAUAGUGAAUUAAAAAAAUAGUAAAUGCAAAAUAUAAAAAUAUAAAAUAAAAAUAUUGUGUGACAAAAUAAUUCAAAAAUGUAAAAAACAUUACAAUCAAAUACCAAUUAAAAUCUAUCGUGCAGGAUAUGUAAUAUAUAAUAGCUCCUUCGAGCUCUGGCUCCUUCAGGCCUAUGCAGAAUAGCAGCAGGGGCACGGCAUCUCCUUGGAAUAUGCCAUAUUUAAUGUUCACGUGUGCAAUUGGCUUUUGAGUUGGUCUUCAGCACCAUUGAUUUCUUGACAAAGGUUUUUAGGAUCCUGUUGAUGUUAUACAGCUCCAGGUACUCCAGUACCCAUGUGUGUGUCAUCAAGUCGAAGGAUUUCUUGUCGUCAAUCUAAGCACUGCACAGGAUGGUGCUUCUGGUUUUAGAGUCUUGCCUGAUUGCCCUGUCGACCAGUAGCUGGUGUUUGGCUCCCCGAGUGUUAUAACAAUGCUUCUCUGUGUUCUGCUCAUGUAUCGAUCCAUAUGCCUACUCAUGAUGCCCGAUACGAGCGUUCAUGUGGUGCUGAAGCAGGUUAUAGGCCAGUAGUUCGAUGGUGUUGUUCCCCUCUGGGGGUCCUUCAUAAUGAGGACUGUCCGACCUUGGGUUAGCCAUUCUGGGUGGGUCCCCGAUGUUAGGAGUUGGUUCAUUUGUGCUACCAGGCAUUCAUGGAGAGCAGUUCGCUUCUUUAGCCAGGACGUAUGAACCAUGUCAGGCCCUGUUCCUGUCCAGCUCUUCAUCUUAGACACUCUGGCUUGGAUAUCCACCUUAUGACUAUUGAUUCUUGUUCUGGGAGAUUGCUGUGCUCUGUUUGUAAGUUUGCCAGCCAUUGUGCAUUGGUAUUGUUUGACAGCUCCUUCUUCCAGAUACUUUUCCAGUAAUGCUCUCUCUCUCCGCCUUGGCUGGGUCUGUUUCGGUCUUGCUACCUUGCCACUGAGAGUAGACCUUAGCUGGGUAGAUGGGGAACAUGAUGUUUAUUCUCCUAGCCUCUACCUCUCUGGUGUACCUUUUCAUGCAAGUAGCGAAGGCUGUAAGUCUUUGCUUGGCAUGUAAUUCUCGGGCAGUUCUUUCUUAAGUUUCACACCUUUGUUUUGCUCUGUUAGGAGGCUAACUUCUCUCCGGGUCGCCCUUAUUUUUGCCCGUAGUGUGCGUGCAAUGGGCCUAAAACAUAACACAUCCGUACAUGCAUAUGUCAGCUAACUGCCGGCUAGCGCGAGACGCUAACGUAGCAGUCUACAUCUUCGAACACUGCUGCUUCUUGUCGAACAGCACAAACACUGUGGUGCAGUCAAAAGCAUCACAGCAGUCACAGAAGAUCCAAUUCAAAGUGCCAUAUGCACAAACAAAACGCUGUUUGUACACACCACUCUAAGACUAGAAGGUUGCUGAUGCAGCAGCGCGACAGUAAAACUGAUUCAAGUUUCAUACGAUGAUCCCGUUGACGGGGUUUCCCCUGAGCUAACAGCGUUGCGGUAAGGCGCCAGUGCCACCGCCGUGACCACAAUGGCGACAAAGAUUUGCUCAAAGCCACCUGCUUCCUCACCGCGCCCUUUGAACCUUUACGAACCCUCGCCUUAUGUCAGGUCACUCUUCUCUGACCUACACCUCACAUCUAUUACACACACAGAUAGAGAGAUAGAGAGAUAGAUAAUACUUAAUAAUUGUUGAACAUUUCCCCCCCCCCCCCCACAGUAAGGGAUUAAAGACAAUUAUUAAACAAAAAAUUAAGAGAAAAUAAUAAUUCACUUUGAAGGAUUAACAUUUGCAUAAUAAAUGAAAUAAAUAACAUUUUCAGUUAACUAAAAAAAAAUAGAAAAAAAUUACCUUGAGGGAUUAAAAUUUGCAUGAUAAAUUAAAAUGUAGAUGGCAAUUUAUUUGAUGAGAUGCAAAGAUGAAAACUAUGAAAAACACAUUGGAGGAUUGAAAUGUACAUAAAGACAACAUGAAGAUUUAAUGUAUUAAAUCCAAAUAAACAGACAAUAUGACAUUUUCCUUUUCCUGCACAGUAAAUUAAAUGAAAAACGGAAAUAGUAGUUGAAUUAAUAAUAUCAAAAUAAAUGAUAUACACAAAUUGAAGGAUUAUAAUAAUUUGUUACACCCUAAUUAUAUUCAUCAGAAUUAUACAAAAUCAGCAUGAUUUAUUACAUGAAAAACAUUUUAAUAUGAUUUGAAAAAAUGAAUGAAAAUGAAUACAUUUCAUGUAUUAAAUUGUUAUGAAAUUGGAGUUGCUGCAUGUUCAAAAAUAGGUUACUAUUAAAACACCGAAAACGGUAGCUGCCGAAUAUUAUUGUAGUACAUGAGAAUAUUUUGGGGCGGUGUUUAAUAUUGUCAAGGUCCGAAUAAUAACUAUCCGGUGAGCUAUCAAAAGGUAUCAAAUGCGCGUCGCCAGGCCGUGUUAAGGACAGCAGCAGUCGCUAUAACGUCCAACGGUUUGUCUUCCGGGCAGAAACAAUCCUGUGAGCAAUAAGGGAGCCUAAGCUGGAUGAAUGCAGGGAGGGUUUUAACCCCUUUGCUCAUUUUGGCAAACUAAAAGAUUAAAAGAUAAAGCGGCAGAAAAGCUCUCAAGGUUUCUUAAACGUUGGAAAACAAUGCGGUCUGCUGCAUGACCUUAGAAAGAUGUUAAAGAUGUUAACUCGCGGGGCAAAUGCACUUCAGCCUUGACGUAUUUUGAGUGGUGUGUGUCACUGAAAAAAUACUCUCAUGACAUUAUUAUUAACGCCAAAAGACAUUGUUCACUAUUGCCUGGGUCACUAAUGGUGCUCCAGUCAUUCAAAAUAAGAACCUCAAUGAAAUAAAAACAUUGCAGUAAAAAAUAUACACACACACACAACUAACAUAAAAUCCGUCAUGUGACAUUCUGUAUUUAUUCAAUUCAAAUAUAAAAAUGUAUCCCAAUUACACAAAAUGAUAACAUGUUACAAAAACCUUUGUAACUUGAAAACAUUACAGAAUAAUAAUUUAGAAAAUACUAACGAAUGUAAUAUUUUUUAGUCAUUUCCAAUUUAUUAUUACCGUUGUUUUUUGGUUUUUUAUUAUUAUUAGAGGAAUCACAUGUCUGAAGGGCAUCCCAUUAAAUGACAAUCAAUGAAAUAUAAAUUCAAUAUAAAUAACGCAUACAAUAAUUUCAUUAUAUUGUUUCGUAAAUUCAGAUUUAACCAAUUCAAUUUCAAACCAAUCACUUUUUAAAGCAUUGUUCUGUGUGCGACUAAGCCGUUAAGUGACAAUCAAUUAAAUAUAAAUUCAACAGAAAUAAUGCAUACAAUUAUUUCUUCAUAUUGAUUUUUAAAUUCUAAUUUAACAAUUUAAAUUCAAUUUCAAACCAAACACUUUUGAAAGCAUUGUUCUGUGCUACUAAAUCACCCCAAAAUAACUUUCCAAAUAAAAUAAGAAAACCUAUAUAUUAAACACAAAUAAAUUAGAAAUAUUUUAAGUAAUCUUGUAUCUUUAAUAUUCCUAGUUUCCUUUUUAUUUGCUGAUUUGCUGCGAGAAACCUAUUCAAUUCAAAUAUUACAAAUUCAAGUUUCAACCUGCGGGUGAAAAUAGUUCUAUAUUCACCGAAAAUACACUUUCCACGAUGAAAAACAUGGCAAUACUAAUUUCUAGAUAUAGAUAUAAAACGUUGAAUGUCUAUCAAACAACCAAAGUAUUGUUUGUUUCUAAUAAAAAAAAAGUUUUUUUUCAAAUGAUUAUUACAGUUGUCUUUUUGACAAUGAUCACAUGAUCAUGCAGUAGCUCUUCCCCACCAUCAUCUCCCUGUCCUCCUGCUCCCCAUCCCCCCCUUUUCUUUCUCUCUCUCUCUCCUACCUUGCGUCCUUCCUUCUUCCCUCGUCCCCUCGCAAGCUGACGCAGCGCCUUUGCAGCGUUAGCCGCUUUGUGGCUAAUAGGAUGUGGCGGGCUUAAAUUGUCAUCUGAUAAAACUAAGAUGCUUGGUAGCUACGCGGCGCCCGCUUAACCAAUUUGCACUCAAUUAGGAUAAUGAUGGGGGAAACAAGCAAAGAGGGACAGCUUUAAUGUAUUAAUGUGAUAAAAUGAUUAUCAAUUUCCCUCGGCAAUGACUCGCCAGGUGUCAAUACUGACUCCUUCGACAAUAUGACGUCUACAUCACAUCGGAAUGAUUGCAAUUAACUGCAAUUCUCUUUCUGUCUUCAAGCACACGUUUUCAGUAAAAAUGCACCCUUGUGCUUGGAAAUUGCAACAGAAUAUUUAACAAAAUAUAAGAUUAAAGACCUAUAUUUCAACAAUAUUUUUUGGUGACUUUAUAAAAGUCUGUUAAUAUUAUUUUUAAAUUCUUUCACCUUAUAGUGAGCCACGUGCUACACGUCAAUGACUAAAUGUGGUUCGGUGUCCUAUAAAACUGUAACAACAUAUUUGAAAAAGUAUAUAAAAUUACAUUUAUUUAAAAGAAAUCUUUGAGUUUAAAAUUAUUUUAUUAGCGAUAUCUGUAUUUGCUGAUUGGCAUACAUAAAUCACAUACUGCCAGUUUUACUGCCUUAUAGUUUUUAUAGCAUGUGGCUUCCAUUUGAUUACCAAAUAAUGGUUCCUCGCCAAAUCAAGUUACAUAAAAAUCUUUGUAAAAAUUAUGAAAGUUGACCAAAUAUAUACCCAAAAAUGAAUUGAAGCUAUUUGCGAGAUUUUUGCGACUUUUUCCAAUAUUAUUUUUAUUUGCUGAUUGGCCGGAAGGAAUCACGUUAACUCUCUAAUUAUCCAGAAAUAUUCUAAAAUUUGUAACAUUGAUGAAAAUAUAUUUUAAAACCAUUUCUUUGAAGUUAUGUAUAACCUUGUAAAUCUUUAUUCUUUCCAUUUUUAUUUGUUGUUUAACUAAGAGGAAUCACAUGGUUGUCAAGCAUGUGGCUUCCAUUUUAUUACUUUCUUUCCCUUUCUAACUAUACAAAAAUAUUCCCCAAAUUGUAACGAUGCAAAUAGUUUUUAAAUGAAGUCAUUUAUGACUAUAUAAAUCUUUAUUCCUUCUAUUUUUAAUUGCCGAGUGGGUGAGAUAUACAGUACUUUGCCUGUAAGACAAAAUCAGUAUUUAGUUGUAUUAAAGGCUUAUACCAAAAUGAAGUAAAUGAGUUUCUGAGCAGCGCCACAAAAAGGUCCUCAUAAAAACAAAACAAAGACAAUGUGGACAUUUUUAAUUCAACUGUAACAUAACAAAACGUGGGAAAGAACAAUAGAAUAUGUAUGUUCACAAAUGAAAAUGUAACUAAAAAGAGGGGAACGAUGCUGUUUUUUGUUUUGUUUAAGCGUUAUGGCGUCCUAAAUAUAUAGUGCACGGCGGGGAGGCGUGAGGUCAGAGGAAAUCGCCAGUGAAGUCUUUAGGCUCAUUAAGGAAGCGGGUCGAUCCGUGCGACACCGCACGCUUGGAGCUGCGACAGCUCGGCUCGGCUGGGCCAGCUGGCACACGAAGAGAAACUUGCAAAGCCCCUCCCCAACAUCACCCACCCUGCCCACCAGCCAAUCCUACCAUCACUCAAUAACUUAUUUGCCUUUCCUUUUUUUUUAGUUUUAUCUAACCCUCCUGCUAGCUGUAUUUCUUCGGGGCACCAAAAAUGCUCAUGGGUCAAUUUGACCCGCUGCAUGCUUAAAACGAGGCUUUACACGAUCAGGAUUUUUGGGGCCGAUCACCGAUCAGUCAGGUCAAACCAACAUUACAUGACAGAAAUAAUGGGUGCUAACUUACUGUAAUUCAAUUACUUUAUUGUUAAUUAAAUUACUUCACCCACACCGAAACCUUAGCGCAUGAUUCGACAGAACGGCGACAUGUUUACCGCCAACCGUUCGUGGUACCACUAGCUUGCUAGGCUACAUAACGGUUUGUUGCCCGCUUGCGAGCCGUAUCGUAUUAAAAGUAUGUGAACACACCUCAAGCAAGCCUUAAACGAACGUCCUCUCCUCUCCUGACCACCGGUGACCACCAACACACGUUUUCCCCCAUUUUGUCCUUAUAAUACAAAGUCGGCGCGAUCCACUCGUGUUGCCGUUGCCACGGUAACGAGUGUAUCUGGUUUCAUUUGAGUUGACAAGAUAAAGCCCAAUGAUCGUAAAAAACGGGAUGCGGUGGUAUCGGAAUACACGAUUUUAUUGCAGUAGUCUGACAAUGUAGUGCAAUCUUGUGAGAGCUAAUUUGUCUUGUAGUCUGAUGCGGGCAUUACGUGUUGUCUGUUCCACACCGCAGACAUGUUUUAGAAAUUUUUUAUAAUAACUUUCUUGGGGAUCAGAUAUUUCCAAUACUAUGUCAAAAGACGUGUGACAAGGCUAAAAAUAAACUAGCUUUCGGAUUCAAAUAUCCUGGGCACGAUGGCGACGCGGACUAAAUGUCUUUUACGGAUUAUGACAUUAAAGCCGAUCAACAUAAAAUGCUAAAUAUCGUCCGAUACCCAUCAGUCCGAUAAUAUCUAAAUUUCAAACUAUCUUAUUUCUUUUUUUGUACAUUUUUAACUGGAAUCCUUUUAGCCAUUGCUCACAAUCCUGAACACCCUUUAAUUGAAGGAUAUUUAACGUGUUUUUGACGAUUCAAAAGGGAAAUUCAAGUCAAAAUGGGUCAAUUUGACCCGUAACAUGACGGAAGGAUAUUUAAUGUGGUUUUGGUGGCAAAUAAUCCAAAAGGGAAAUGAUUCAGGGGUAUUUCCAGUGACUAAGCAUUCAAGUUAAAAGUCCAUCUCUUGUGUCUCUGGAGUGCGUAAUGAAGGGAUUAGCGCACAACUCUCGUUUAGCGGCCUUUAUGUGGCGCACAAUGGCUUUUUUUGAAAGAAAGUUUUGUCAAGGCUUCAUUAGCGACGGCCUCCAACUGGGCCCUGAAUGCGACGCACAUUUGGAGCAAUUACUUGGGCAGAAAACAAAUGUCAGUCAUUCUUAAAGGGGAAGGAUCCCAAUUAAUACACCUCUUAAUCCCUCCCUCUGUUUGUCUUCCUUUUCGAGAUCCAUUAUGCUCUUUUUUUUUUUUUUGGUUUGCGGUGGAAGACGGGACACUGUUGUCACAUUUUCUCGCUUGUGGGAGAGGUGGGAGGGGUGGGGGAUUCGGAGGUCUUAACGUGGAGCAACAAGUGCCACUGGAGACCGGAUAGUGUCAGAAGACAACUUAGAUGUUGAAGGCAACGUGGAGCCUGUGACUGGAAGCAAAUGUAGGUAAGAUCGCUUUGUUUCUUGGAGUUCAAUGGUUCGUUCUCCUCGGAAGACAGACAUGUCCGACUGUCGGGCUUCAGCCGGACAAAUCGCAAAGUGAUCUGAGCGUCAGCACAUCGGUUCGUCCAGUUCCCGCCACAAGAAUCCCCCCCCCCCCCCAAAAGAAAGCUCGGAUGCAUUUGUCAAUGGAUACCCUGGCAAUGGUGGAAGAGGGUUGCCUAGACAACUAUGACAUGGCAAAAGGCGCCGCCGGGUCCAGCUCCGGGGGCAGGGUGCACAGCAUCGAUGUCAUCCUGGGUUUCGCCAAGGAGCAGGACCCUCUGCUUCGCCACCACGCAGUCCACGGCCACGAUGACGAAAACCACGACCAUAAGCAGAAAGCCAUGCGGGAAAACUUGCAGCACGCCGCCAAACACGAUCCGUACGGGCAUCUUUCGGAAUUGGGCGACAAUUCCCAACAUCCGUCCUAUCACGCGUCGGACAUGUUCUCCAGCGAUAAGUGUGAUGCAGAGAUGAGCAGCAUGCAAAAGGACCUGGCUGAGGACUCCCCCAAGGCCAUUGCGGAGGAAGAGCAUGGCAAGAAGAAGCACCGCAGGAACCGCACCACCUUCACCACCUAUCAGCUACACGAGCUGGAACGUGCCUUCGAGAAGUCCCAUUACCCGGAUGUCUACAGCCGUGAGGAGCUGGCCAUGAAGGUCAAUCUGCCCGAGGUUCGGGUGCAGGUGUGGUUCCAGAACCGGCGGGCCAAGUGGCGACGUCAGGAGAAGAUGGACUCCACCACCAUGAAGCUUCACGACUCCCCCAUGCUUUCCUUCAACCGACCACCGAUGGCACCCAGCGUGGGGCCGGUGACCAACCCAAUGCCUCUGGAUCCCUGGCUAACCUCGCCUAUCUCCAGCACUACAUCCAUGCACGCCAUCCCGGGCUUCAUGGGCUCGCCGCAGGGCCUGCAGCCGGCCUACCCGGGCCACGGCUUCCUCGGCGGACCACCCAGCCUGGUGCAGGGCAUGCAGCCCAUGGGAGGGCCGCCGCCCUACCAGUGCCCACCUAGCUUCAGUGACAAAUACCCCAUGGAGGAUGACAGGAGCUCCAGUAUCGCAGCACUCAGGAUGAAGGCGAAAGAGCACAUUCAGUCGAUGGAUAAAACUUGGCAACACAUGUGAUUCCCCCCUUUUUUUUGUUUUUUUCGGGCUGCUCCAGUGAAUGUUUACAAACUGUGGAGACUACACACAAGGACUUUGAAUGUAUUCCUACCCAGGAACCAGGAAUUUCUCGGCGACCAUUGUGUGUUUAAUCUGUGAGAGCUAUUGUCUAAAUUUAUUGCCGGGAUAAUACAUCAGGGCCAAAAGAAGGCUCUAGUAUUUUUAAGAGGUCCAGGAACCUUUGGGGUUGGGUCUACGGCUUCGAACAUAUCUGAUUGGAGCCUUUUUGUUUCAUCAACUACAAGUACCAGGUGGAAAUGUGACUAAUGUAAAUAACUUUUUUUUAAGCAUUUUGAUUUAACAUUUGAGAUGACACAUUUUUGUCAUCUGCAUUGAAUACACAGAUUAGAUAGACAUUUAAAUAAACUAUAUGUUAAAAGAGCAAGACAAACGUUGUUCUCAUUAGUUGUACAUCAUGACUUUUUAAUCAGUCAAACUGAAUACAUCCAGUGAAUGUGACUUAUGUGUAUUUAGGUUUAACAAUGUUCUGUUUGAAUAAAAAUGAAUGUCUUGACUGUCA